ACAUUGACAACCACUAAUGUAAAAAAAACGAGAAGUUCAUGCAUGAUUUGAGGUUAUUUUUAAAUUUUAAAAGAAAUAAUUAGUAAUUUUAUUAUUUACUUUUAUGCUUAAAUUAAAAUUAAUAUGCAUAAAACCGGCGCUACACGUUAUCAAAAAUUCCAGAAAGCUGAAAAGGCUAAAACUAAAUUGAAGGGGAAAAAAGAUAAAGAAUUACCUAAAGGUACUAACGUCACAAAAACAAAUUUUAAAGUGAAGAAGAUUGUUAUUAAAGAACAGCUGAAGAAACAUGGACUAUCAGAAGCCUUGUCUAACAGAAAACUUAAUAUCAAGGAGCUUUUAUCACGGCUUAAUCAUUUUAAUACUAACUCACGGACCGACGCUCUCGAUGGUUUAAGAGAGCUCAUAACUUCGCACCCUGAAGUUCUGGAGCAGAGUUUAGGACAACUUAUUCAUGGAGUUACCUCAUUGAUUCUAAAUAUAGAAAAAGUGGUUAGGCAAGGUGUAUUGAAAGUCAUCCAUUUAAUACUUUCAAAUGUACCUUCAGAAAAAGUUGAACCCUUUUUUGAUAUUAUGUCCACAUAUUUGAGGAGUGCUAUGACACACAUUGACUCAAGAAUUCAAGAAGACUCGCUGUUAUUCCUUGAUAUACUUCUAUUGUGUGCUCCAUCUAGAGUUGCCCAAGAUUUUCACAGAAUCAUACCAAACUUUUUGGAUAUGAUAUCUAAGUUAAGAGUUGACUCUAAGCCAGGUAGAACCUUAACUAUUAAUUUAAAUAACCAAAAUACAAGUGCUAAGUGGAGAGUGAAAGUAUUUCAAAGAUUACAAGAAUUUUUACAAAAAUAUGCUGCUUAUAAAAAUAUUAAUAAUGUAGAAAAAAUUACUACAAGUAAAAUCACUGUUUUCGAUGCAAAUAAGUUUAAUCAUUAUCCUUUAUUCAAUCCAAUUUAUAUAUCAAACUGCACAAUCUCAUGUUUUAGUGGCAAAAGUUCUGAUAAUGAACUCCAAAUUGAUGAAAUAGAAAAAUUUAAUGAGUACACUGAAACUCUUGUGCCAUUACUUUUUGAAACUUGGCUUGAAGCAUGCCCCACUAAUAAAUCGGAGACAGAUUUCGAAACAGUUAUUAGUGAAGAGUCGGGCCUGUUAUUAAAGCAUAUCCUGCAAACUCUAACAUUACUAAAGGAUAUUUUAAAGUACUUCAAUACAAAGUGUCCCAGUUCUCAUGUAGAGAAAUUGCUACUGCAGAAGUAUAAGGCAUCUUUUAGCCAACAUUUCAUGUCAACAUUCCCAUAUGUUACAAAUACAAGAUCAAGGCAAGUGAGCAGAACUGAUACAACUGGAAUGGAAACAACAGAUCCUAAAUUAGUAGCAGAAAACUUAGAACUAUGUCACCUUUUCAUUGCAUUUAAUCCCCAUGUCAAUAUAAAGAACCAGAGUCGUGAGAUUAAUGUCGUACUAGGAUACAUAGAAAAGACUUUCAAUCAGAAUAGUGACAUUAGAAUAAAUGGUAUAGUAAUUAACUUAUUGAAUACACUAUUCAGUCAUGAGAUAACUGGAUGGACAAGAACAAUAUCUGUUUUGGAUACCUUGUUUAGAAAAAUGAUCUGGAUCUAUUUUAACAAGAGCAUGUCAGACUCAAUGAAGCAAGACCUCUUUGCAUUACUGUGCAAGGUAACACUCAAUGCGAAACUAUCCCACUUCCACUCUAGCGAUGCUUUUAAUAUGUGGCUUACAAGCUUACCUGAUAUAUUAUUGAGUGAAAAAUUAACAGUCCAAACGGUUAAUAUCAUACACAAGUUUGCAGUUACCCGCAAUGAUAUUUUCAAUUCAAUCUUAAAAUCGAAAUUACUUGCAGUUAUAACAAACCUCCCAAAAAUUGUAAUAAUAGAUUCAGAUGGUGACCCAGGUAGUUAUCAUAGACUUUUAUCUAUAUUUUACUGGAUAAAAGUUUGGGAUACAGACUCUUUGAAUUUAUUAGAAAACCAAUUAAUGGAAAAUGUGUAUAAGCCAGAUCAUGUAAAGUAUAUAUUCGACACAUUGAGAUUAAGAAGUGGAGGUAUUUUGUAAAGGAAAUAAUAAAAUAAUAUUUUAAAA